UGUGACCCGCUACGGCAAAACCCGACGCUUCUCGGCAAAUCCCAUUGUGUUGUAGGCCCGUUUGAACAUGAAAUUUCGAAUUUAGGGAUCAACUGAGAUUUUUGCAUGGUCAGAAAGUCUAUUUUUUAUAAAUUGAUUUAGAGAAAAAAUGAACUCAAAAGACGAUCUAGAAGUAUUUUUAAUUAUAUUUUGUAUCUAAUCAUGUGCUCCAUUGUCCAGUGAAAUUAGUUGAAACAAUGCGGUCAAAAGAGGGGAAAGUUCGCGAUUCAUCGCUUGUUGUUUUCCCUCUCAGUUUAUCAUGUUUGAGUCGAUCCCUGACGUACUUGGUACGAAAAUAACGAGAAAGGAUCGGUUAUUCCAAAUAUGGUUAUAUUGGGCGGUCCUAAAUAAAAUUGCCCAAUGAAAAAUGCCAUAAAAGAUGACAUCAUUUCGAUAAGCUGUCAAGCAGGCCGUAAACAAAAGCCCGUUGCCAGCCACGUGAUCCAAAUCCAGACACUUGAUUCGCCAAUAUUCGCACAUGACGUCAUUGCCUUGUUGUUGUGAUUGUUCAGCGGUCAAAUUCUCGCAUCGAAACACCAGCUUUUUCUUCGAAAACUUGUUCAGAAGUUUGUUUUUAAUGAGCUAGAGUUUCAUAUAUCAAGUGAAAUACGUGUAUUCGUCGAGUGGCUAGUACAAUGUCGAGGAAAAAGAGGAAUUUAACGGAUAAAACCGUCGCUUCUUUGUUGAAUGAUGCAUCGGCGUGCGGUAUGGACGUGCAUGGCUUGACCGAACACUUGGCUGACUACUUCGCGAACCCGACCGAGCCCCUGGCCGCGGGCGAGAGAGGAACUCCUUCUUCUCCUAGGCCUAGCUCCGACUCUGAAUCUGAGUCUGAUGAGUUCGAGGAGGCAGGUCCAGGACCAGCAGAGCCUUGUGAAAGCCGCGAUGAAAGCGGCGAUGAAAGCGGCGAUGAAAGCGAUUGGGUCGAUGAGGCAGAGGAGCCUAUGGAUUUGUCAAGUGACAAUGAAAGCGUCAUACGGAGACCGGGUCCUGUCAUUGAUGACGUGGAGGAGGAGGCGGCAGCGGCUACAAAUCUGGCCCAACAAAUAGAUCUUGAUCUGGAACCGCUGAAGGAUCGCGUGAAUAAAUGCAACUGCCGUAUCUUCAAUGGAAGACGCUGUAUAGAACAAUUCUCUGUAGCCGAACAAGAGUCCAUAAGGUAUGAUUGGAUCUGUCACUAUUUACUCCUAUUUCUUUAAAAUAAUGUCUAAGGACUGGAUGUUUAUGUACAAGCUGCAGUUUAAUGCAAAAUAUAGUUACAUUUAUUCUAAGCUAAUUAGAUUUUCUCCUUUUUUGCAGCAUUAAUCAGUAGACCCUGAAUAUGUAUGCUUUUAUAAAAUACUUCACCACUAAACUGCAGUCUACUGGUAUCUUAUGAAGAAAAAAAUACAACAAGUUGGACAUUUGGUUUUCUUAUUAUCAUUAUUAUCAUUGGAAGUAGAUACUAGUAGCAUUAUUAUUUUUCAUUUCUAUUUUGCCAUUUCAGAUAUUCAACCAAUGAGCUCACGGAGUUCGAAAAGGAUUUACUUCUCCUGGGUAUCAUUUCGUCUUCCAUCAAUGAUGGAAAUAUGACCCAGGGGAAGAAAUCUAAGCCAACGGAGAGGAAAAACACAAGGAUGCGGAAUUUUUGCUAUGGGCAGAAACGGAUCUGUAGAUAUACGUUUUUCUACUUGAUGGAGAUUGGGCCACAGAAGUUUACGAAUCUCAAGAAGUGGUAUGCCAGCAAUGGACUCAUCCCAAGGAGAAAGAAGUCAGGUGAGGUGGUUUUCUUAUCCUUUCACAGAUGAUGAAAUUUAUAAUGAAGUUAACAUUAUUUUAAUUACAUUUAUAUUGAAUUAUUAUUAUCUUCAGGUGUGACUUCAUAAUAAUUUGUAUUAUCAUUUUGUGAUGCAUUUAGUCAUAGUAAAUCUACCAAAGGUUAAUUGCGAUGGUUUUUUUGACAGUUAUUUUCACUACAACUGGACUCAAAACUUGACAUCUAAUCCCUCUACUUACUGUUUCAAUCUAUUCCGACACAAUACUGAUCAUAAUAAAUCUUACUUUUGUUCAAUAUUUGUUCAUUGUUUUCCAGGAGGACGGAGAGGCAAGAAACUUCUCAAGCUAGAGCAGGUAGAGGCGGUCGUCAAAUUUAUUUUGAAUUUCACCGCAGAACACUGCAUUCACCUACCAGGCAGGAUACCAGGGUUCAAAUCGGCUGAUGUGAAACUGCUGCCGUCCUACGUCACCAAGGCGCAUCUGUGGAGGCUCUACAGAGAUGCUGCUCCAGAGCAUGGACCCGUAGCUGAGUCUACCUUCCGAAAGCUGUGGAGCGACCUUCUCUCCUAUGUGGUUGUUGCCAAGCCGGCCACGGAUCUCUGCUGGACAUGUCAGCAGAACAACAACCUUAUCACCAGACAGGUGUGUGUUGGCUAAAUACCGAUUGUUUUAAAUUUCAUUUUGUUUUACGCUGCUCCCCCCAAUUCUAAGCUUGAUGCAUAUCAGCACUUAACAUCAGCACUAAAUUAUCGGUGUUUGGCCACUGCCAUAUGUUUCUAUUUGUAAAGGUUUUUGUUAGAUUGACAUUAACAAUGUCUAUCCUAUGUACAUACUAUUGAUCUCUUCGGCUGUGAAUUUUGUAUGAAACGAGAUAACUCAAAAGAUUCAAAACUGUACAUCAUUAAUUCUUGGGCACUAAUGCAUAAUAGUUCAUUAUUAGUGUAGUCACUAGUCAGAUUGCAUUUUUUAUGGGAUUCGUUAUUGUUUUUUCUUUACGUUGAUAAUGAAAGAAUAUAAUUAUUUUAUAUCUGAUACUGAUUGACUGAAAUUGAUAUUUUUGCAUUAUUAAUCUCUAUCUCAAGAAGACAAUAGUUCUGUCAAAUUGUCUCAACUGUUACUUUAUUGUACAUUCCUUAAUGUACCAGGAUAUUUUUUACAAUACAUGUAUUAUAGGUUAUCUGUUGUCGAGUGACUUAUAAGUUUUUUUUUGUUUUUUGUUUAAUCUCAAAUAGCCUUGAUUACGACUAAUGCUUUUUAUCAUAGCUUUUAUUAAAUAUGACAAAAUAUAAAUCAUUUUGAACUCGCUUCUUGUGUUCCAGUAAUUAUCAUUUAAAAAACAGAUUCUGUCGGGUUUCAAGUUCAACGCAAUUUGUUAUUUCACUUUAUUGCAAUCUUUUUUUUAAUAUAUUUAAAAAAAAAAUCAUUUUUAUUACAUCUGGUUUUGUAAUAGGCCUAUUAUUAAGCAUAAAUUUUAAGAAAAUGCAUUAUUACAUUUUAUUAUUGCAACAUUGAUGUAACCUGCUAUUAUUUUGUGUACGAGAACAAUUUUGUACUGAUGAAACAUAAUAAACCGUGGAAUCGUUUUCCCAGCAACUUUGCCUAGUAUAACAAAAA